UGGACCCCUCUGCGAGCUAUUUAACGGCUGCGAGGUAAUUCCUACCAACAGCGGCGUGCGGGGCGGCGCCGCAAUAAUUCGCCGCAUUUCUCUGGCCCUGCCGCAGCCCCGUCCAUGCACCGCGGCUGAGAUGGAGCUCCCGCAGCCCCCGCCAGAUCAAGAGCUGAAAAACAUCAUCGACAAGCUGGCUCAGUUUGUGGCCCGCAAUGGCCCGGAGUUUGAGCAAAUGACCAAGACGAAGCAGAAGGACAACCCCAAGUUCAGCUUCCUCUUUGGCGGAGAAUAUUUCAACUACUACCAGUACAAAGUCACUACUGAGCAAGCAAUUUUGAAACAUCGUCAAGCACGUGAGCAGCAGCAGCAGCAACAACAGUCUCAACCAUCACCACAACCUGCACUCCACCAACCCCCACCUCCCCCCCAGGGAUUCCCUGGUGGGGGUGGAGGAGGUGGUUUUCCUGGACAAAAUUUUCCCCCAGCCUAUGCAUACCCUCCUACCUCAGGGUAUCCUGAACCUGAUCUCCCUCCUCAAUUUCCACAAGCACCUGUUUCAACAGGAGGCUUUAACCAAGGGCAGUUUGCUCCACCACCCCCUACUAGUGAGCCACCUGCAACAUUUCCCCCAGGUGACCCAAAUUUUGCCAACCCCACUUCUUUUGUGCCCACUAGCAACACAGAGCCACCGUUCGUCCACUCCUCUCAAUCAUUUCCACCUCCUCCUCCCGGUGACUCGACCUACACAGCUCCUCAGGCUGGAGAGCCUGGAGCCUUCACCACCACCACACCUGGGUUUGCCCAGCCUCCCCCUCACCCACCUCCAAGUGUAACAAUUGAGUCUUUGGUGAACCAGCAGCAGCAGUUACAGGAACAAAUACACCAAAGUGAACAGAAUCUAGCUGCCCAGCAACUGGUUCUGGAUCAACAAAAAGAAGGUCAGGUGAGAGAGGGCAUAUAUGUUGCCAGAGGUGAAGUCCUGCGCAAUGAAGCCAACGAGCUGGGCUUUUCAAUUCAUGAGUUGGAUGAGCUGUUGGGGCCAAUAACUGAGUCUUGUACCAAGGACUCCAUCUCUAAUGGGAAACACUGGAUCUUCACCAAUGCUCAGUCUCCAGCUAAGAAUCAGUGGCUGUCUCGAUACUUGCUGUGGAAAGCCACAGCCAACACUGGUCCAUUCAACCACAAGCUACAUAUCAUCUACUUGAUGAAUGAUGUUCUACAUCACUGUGUUCGCAAAAAUGCUGAUGAUCUAAAAGAAGCCCUUGAAAAAGUGUUGGUUCCAAUGUUUUGCAGUGCCAUGACAGUUGCAUCUGAUGAUCAGAAGUCUAAACUAGAUAAGCUACUUUCCUUAUGGGAAUCCAAGAUUAAUCUUGAAGAUGUGGUGUUGAUGCAGUUAAAAAAUCCUGUUGAAUCAUGGGGGGCUUUUGAGAAAGGAUUGAUUGAGGAAUUUCCCCAAGUUGUGGCAACAAUUAACCAACACAUUGAUGCUACUUUUGAGGGGUAUAAGCAGCAGCACAAUGCAUUUGUUCAACAUGCUACAAAUCAAAUACAAGCACUUGAACAGCAGAAACAACAACUAGAACAGCAAGCUGCAGCAGCCGCAGCCGCUGCAGCAGCGGCGGCAGCAGCAGCAGCAGCAGCAGCCGCUGCAGCCGCAGUAGCUCAGGGUGGUGGCUUCACCACUGCACCGCCUCAGCCCCAGUUUCCACCCCCGCCGGGAGCAGCACCAACAAUUCCCUCUACACUGGACUUUAACCAGCCUCCUCCAGGUUUCCCUCCAGGUUUGCCACUAGUAGAUUUCAGCAAACCUCCACCAGGAUUUCCAGUAGAAGAACAGAAGGAAAAUUUAGUCCCAACUGUUCCAUACUAUGAGCUCCCAGCAGGACUGAUGGCUCCUCUAGUAAAAGUAGAAGAUCACAAAUAUAUGCCACUUGAACCCAACCAGCUAAGACUUCCUCCACCGACACCACCGAGUGACAGGUUGCUGAGAGCUGUUGAAAACUUUUACGCACCACCAUCUCAUGAAAAGCCACGGAAUAGUGAAGGAUGGGAGCAGCUGGGCUUAUAUGAUUACUACAAAGAAAAGAGCCAAUCUGUAAAGCGCAUUGAAAAGGAAAUUACUGAAGGUCUGAGAGACCCUACUCGCUCUCCCUCGCCUGUCACCAUUGAGCCGCCGCCAGAAGAAGAGGAAAAACCUUCUGACCAGCCAAUCAGAAGAUACAGGUCUGUCAGCCCUGAAAAGGUAGAGGAGAAGAAAAUGUCACGCUCUAGGUCACGCUCAGGCAGUCGAAGUCCUGUGCGACGCAACUCCUCCAAGCAGCGGUCACGCACACCCAGCCCAAUAAGAACACCGCCUCGGUCGCGCCACAGAUCACACUCCAAGUCACCACGAAGGUCAAACUCCAGCUCCAGAUCUCCAAGAAGAAUAAGUAGGUCUAGAUCGAGGUCUCGUUCUGCCUCUCCCAGGGCAUCUUCAACCCAAGUUCCUUUCAAUAGGUCUCCCUCUCGAAGUCCAACUCCUCCAGCUUUUGGGGGAGGUGGUUUUCAGAAGUUUGAUCAACGAUUGGACGAGAACAACAAAGGCCACCAGAUGCUGCGAAAGAUGGGUUGGGGAGGGUCAGGCCUAGGAGUGAAGGAACAAGGAAUCAGCGACCCCGUGGCAGCAGCUGAAGUACGAGACUCCCCUCAAGAAAGAUUUCGUGGCUUAGGAGUACCCAGUGCCCAGACAGAUCCCUAUGAGGCUUUCAGAAAAAAUAAGGGUCAGGCCUUUAUCAAUCGUAUGAAAGCUAGAGCAGAGGAAAAGUUUUAAUUUAUUAACUGCUUUUCUUUCACAUAAAUUCUUCAAAUAACCCAAGUCUUGUGUUUUUAAUACUGACUUGGAAUUGUACAAAACCAAAUAUGUUGCUACCAUUAGAGUUGAAAUGAGUAUGAAGUACUGAGGGGGCUAUGUAUAUAUUCAUGUUGAUGACAUGUAUAGUGUUUCAAAGAUCACUUGCCAAAGGGAAAUUUACUUUAAAGAAUUUUUUCUCAUAAUACUUUCGUAAAAAAAUUACAAAACAGACUCGGUGAGGAAUAGUAAGAAAAAUAUUCACAAAAUGGUCGUGAUAAUUCUAAUUAUACCUUUUGUACUCUUAAUCUUUUUGGGGAUAGGAGUUACUUAUAUUUUUAAUGGCACAAAAUAUAAGCAGCAACAGUAGCAGGAAGCAGCACAUUCUCCUUCAUCAAAUGAAGUCGAAGGUUCAGAUUCAUGUAAGAAAAAGUAAUAACAAAUGACAGAAAUUAACAACUAGUGAAAUGACCCUCACACACACAUUUCUAGUUUGCAGAAAGAAUGAAUCAGAAACAGUAUCAGAUUUUAAGGUUUUGACAACCUUGAUAAGGAGAAAAAUUCAGUUUUCUUAUCAUUAUUGCUAUUGAUAUAAAUACUAAAUUUAUAUUGCAGCCACUAAUUUUAGAUUCUCUGUAGUGUCCCAUUGGUGGAAUGUGUGAUUCUCUUGUUCUAAAAGUUAAAACUGCUGUUGAAUGCCUUAUGGUUAUAGCAUACACCUAGAUGAAUAUUUUGUUUCUAAUUAAAAGAAAAAAUGAAAACCUUGUCAUUUUAUAACUUAACUAGAACAAGUUUUGAGUCAAGCAAAUUAGAAAAUAAGUUACAGUGAUGAAAUAUUAGAUACAUGAACACAAUGCACAGGAAUAUAUAUUUGUCAGAAAUACAAUCCAAAAUUUUACAUGAAUGUGUGUAAGGAAGUGUGAACUGCUAAUACCAAUUGUCUUAGCAUUUUUUUAUGGGAAAUAAUAAUAUAUUUCAUUUAGCAAUGAAUGUAUGCAAUAUAAUGUUUAACAAUUUUUCAAAAAUGUAAAUUAAUAUUAAAAUUUUCUUUUUGAUAUUGCCAACAUGAAGCCAAAUAUUUGAACCACAAAUACAUAAAUAAUUUGGGCUUUA